GAACGCUGACAUCAAUACGCGUAACGACGUGCCAUUACAAUAAAAUAUAAUAACGCAUACGACGAUGAAAUAAUUACUAUAAUACACCACCCGUGUAGUACACACGAGUGUAAUAUAGUGACACUUUAUUACAGGCAUCAUCAUCCGUCGUGUGCACAUCAGUACAUCACUAUACCUACAUACGUACCGUCGUUUCACGGCCACGCGCGCGCACACACACACAAACGCUAGCUCGAGCGCGCUCGCUCGUCUAUAUACACGUGACACAGACGCGUCGGGAGGCAAUCGCUUUUCAGUUCGUCUUCAGGCAGUGUCGCGCGUCCGUCCGUCCGCCCGCCCGCCCGCCGGAAAACCCGCCCGCCCGCACAUCCGUCAUCCGUGCCGCCGACUCCGAACGCACCCGCUGCAGAGAAUUGCGUCGAUCUCCCGUCGUUGGACAACCGUUGCGACCGAACCCGUAAGCAUUGGCGUCGUCCCGAACAUGUGACGCGGCCGCCGCCGACGCGGACGGUGCCGCACCAUCGCCGCCGCGGCCACCACCGGCCCAAACGUGCCGCAGAGCACCGCAGCUUCAGCCGUCGUCGCCCCGUCUUGCCGCUAUGAUCGGCGGGUUCUUCAACAAGCCCGUCGGCCGGCAGUACGUGGCCGCCUUCGUCGCGUCGCUGUCGGUAAUGAUGGCCGGCACGUCGUUGGGUUGGCCGUCACCGGUGCUGGCCAAGCUGUCCAACGGCGGGCUGACGAUGGCCGCCACCAACGAACAACAGUCGUGGAUGAUCGCCAUGCUGGAGCUGGGCAACUUGCUUUCGCCGAUACCGUUCGGGGUGCUCGUGGACGUGGUGGGACGGAAACCGUGUCUACUGCUCACGGGACCCCUAUACAUCGUCAGCUGGUUGAUGGUGAUGUGCAGCGACACGAUCGGCGUACUAUACUGGGUGCGGCUGCUGCAGGGCGCAUGCAUCGGAAUCAUCACCACGGUGGCGCCAAUCUACAUCGGUGAGAUAGCCGGCGACAGUAUCCGUGGCGCGCUCAGCACGUUCUUCAACGGCAUGCUCAACGCCGGCAUACUGUACGUGUACUGCGUCGGGCCGCUCGUGUCGUACGACGCACUCACGUAUUACUCGCUGUUGGUGCCCUGCGCAUUCCUUGGCACGUGUCUGUGGAUACCUGAGUCACCGUACUACUACGUGCUCCGGGACGACGACAAGAAGGCGCACGAGUCGGUGGCAUGGCUGCACGGUAACGCGGAACCGGACGUAGUGGUCCGCGAGCUGAUGCGCAUCAAGGCCGAGGCCAGAGACGAUCUCCAAGACAAGGGGUCGAUUCGUGACCUGUUCGGGUCUCGGUGCAGCCGGAAGGCGUUCUUAAUCGUCCAAAUCGUGGCCGCGGCCGACGUGCUGUCCGGCAUGACCACCGUACUGGCGUACGCGUCUUCCACAUUCGCGCACGCCGACACGGACAAGACGCUGUCCCCGGACCAGUUCACCAUGUUGCUGGGCGUGCUGAUAUUCUGCACCACGUUCGUCACUGGUUACCUGGUGGACAAGCUGGGCCGCCGGCCGCUGCUGCUGUUCUCGUGUUUCGGGUGCGGCGCGUUCGAGCUGGUCACUGGGCUGUACUACUACAAGCGGUGGGUCGGGUUCGAGUCGCUGGGCGCCUGGAUACCGUUCACGGCCAUCGGAUCAUUCGCCGUCAUCUAUAGCAUAGGGCUCGGGCCGCUGUUGCCCACGCUCCAGGGCGAGAUGUUCCCGUCCAACGUCCGCGGCCUGGCCAGCGCUAUCACGUCCGUCACGCUCACCGUCAUAUCGUUCGUCGGCCUCAAAAUGUACCAGGUCAUCACCGACCAAUGGGGCAUACACGUCAACUACUUCAUAUACGGCACAGGGUGCCUUAUGUCUUUCCUUUUGAUCUACCGGUUCCUGCCCGAGACCAAGGGCAAGACGUUUGCGCAGAUCCAGAACGAGAUCAUGAAAACUAUCGACGACCGGCCAUCCCGUGGCAAAACUCGCCGAAAGCCCAUCAACGCCAACACGACGGGAGUCUAGACCUGCGCACGCGUGGCAACGCGUCAUUGCAAGUGGUUGUUGCAGGCAGUCAUGCGAAUAAAAUAAUAAUUAUAAACGAAACGAUAUAGUAUUAUAAUGUUGUUUUCGUUUUCAUGUUUUUUUUAUUCUUUCCAUUUUAUUUCUGUAUAGUAUUAAACUAUUUAUACGUUUAUAUAUAAUUAUUAUUAUUUAUAUAGUUAGGUACGACUUUGGUAUAUAUUAUAAAAUAUAUAAAUAUAUAACGUUGCACUCGGCGAUUGAAAAAAUCCAUUCCGCAUUAUUAUGUAAUACUUGUAUAUAAUAAUAUAUACGUAAGCACAUCAAACGACCCCAGACGAUGGGACAAAGGUACGACGACCCUGACGGGAGGACAAGGGGGUGGUGAGAUUUUACGGCGAUGACGUGCGGUCGGUUUUCCUUUUUGACGUUUCGAACUAGAAUCUUCCACCAUAUCCACCACCACACGGUGAUCAAUAAGACACGUAACAUUACAAUGGGACCAAAAAGGGGCAGAAGGGUGCGUACCGCACUGCCAUACUUUUCGCUCACGUUUGAUUGACAGUUAUCCUCUAUUAUAUACACGUGAUCAGACACACGCGCGCACGCACACACUCGCGAAUACAUACAUAAUAAUAUAUAAACGUAUAUUUGAGUCCCGAAGAGGGAUAAAGUUGCGGAAAUUGCGUUAAGCUUCGUUUUGCUCCGAAAACAACGUGCACCGGAGACCCUAAUCAAUCAUAAAUGAUUUUAGUGACAUGUUCGGCGAAGGAGACUGUGUUCUGCCCGCCGCCACCGACACCGCCGAAAACCGAUCGAAAACAAUUUCCAUACGUCAAAACCGCUCGAACAAUGUUAAUUUAUGUAUAUUUUUAUACACCGAAUGUUAAAAUAAUAUAUUAGGUACCAAACAUCGCUGUACCGUAACAUAUUAUUAUAUUAUAUUAUGUACAUUUAUGUAUAACAUAUUGUAGUAGGUACUUUCUUAUAUUGUUUGUCUGUAUAUAUCUAUGAUGUCACGAGAUAUAAAUAAAUACAAAUAUAUAUAAAAUAAUGAUAACUAAA